GAUGGCUUCCCAACUUGUAGUACCUCCAUCAAAGCAUACUCUAUUCAUUCGAGGUUUUGCCUCAAGUGUUGAAGUGGACGAUGUUAGAAAAUAUUUUGAAAAAGAAACUGGUUUUUUACCAACAGUAGAAUUCUUUAGGGAAUCAGAAAAUAGAGAAUACUUAUUCUUAGCUUUACGAUUUGAAAGUAAAAGUUUGGCUAAAGAAGUUUUAGAAAGAUAUGAUCAGGGAGAGAUACUCGGCUAUAGAGUAUCUAUCAAGUACUUUCGAGACAUGCGAAAAGCCAGACAAAAGGCUAAGGAAAUGUUUGAAAAAGGUCUAGGACCAAAUCCAAAAGAAAUGACCAAUUUUGAUUUAGCUGGAAAUGCUAGAGAUGCUGGGGAGACAGGUACUUAUGGUCGUAAUAUGGUGACUAAUUCGAACUAUAGACGAAGUCAUUAUGACUAUUCGUCAAGUAGGUCAAAAUCAUCAUCUUAUUCUAGUCCUUCCUCCUCUUCCGAUUCAGAAAAGUCUAAAUCUACAAUGGAGAAAAAGAUUAAAAAAAAGAAAAGUAAAAGAAAGCAUUCAAGAUCGAAAUUUUCAGAUAAAUCAUCGGAUGGAUGCGAAACAAAAAAAGAUAAAUCCGACUUUUUUAGCAUUGAACAAGGACAAGGCGUUAAUAAACAUUCAACAGAAAAUAACUUUUAUCGUGGUUACUCUUCAAAUGAUCAUGUAAAACUUUUACAUAAAGAAGAUAAAGAUAAAGUAACAUUCUCUAAUAUUGAUCAACUUAACCUUCAAAAAACCAAUACAAUUAGAACAAAGCAAGACGUUGCAGCAAUGGAUAUUGAACAGACUCUUAAUGAAGAAGGUGAAACAUUUGGUAUGAGUUCGACUAAAUUAGCUAUGGUUAAACAGAAGAAAGAAGAAAUUGAACAGAGUUACAAACAGGAUUGUGAAACAUUUGCGGCCGUUGUCAAAAUGCUUAUAAGUAAAGAUCAUUCACUAGAAGAUAAACUUCAACAAUCUUUAAGAGAUAAUCUUAAGGAUAUUGGUCAGAGAUGUAUUCAUGAAUUGAAGGAGUAUAUUGAAAAUUUAAAACCAGAAUGA